GAUUGCCCCGAGUGCCUGAGUGCCAGAAUCUCACUUUCGUAACGUCUUCGUCUUCAUUUAAAAACAUAAACAAAGCAACGUGCGAAGUGAUCGCUAUCCAAUCCAGCUGGUGUAUGUACCUACUUCAUACUUUUCACAUUGGAUCGUUUUAAAAAUGAAGUCAAACAUGUCUGCAGAUAUAUCCUACACCAUAGAAUACUCGAAUGAGUUUGCGACACUUGCAGUGAAUGUACCUGAUCUAGAUUUGGAACAAGAAGCUUCCUUUGUCCUAGAGGUACACGAGAGCGAACUGGUGUUCACGCUUCCACCACAUCAUGCCAGGAUACCCUCCGAAAAGGCUUUGAGGCUGGCAGAUGUUUAUCCUAAACAGAUUGACUACGAAAAAGGGAUUAUAGUGUAUGACAUCCCUUUGAGCAAAGCUACGGUGAAAAACGAAACGCCAGCUGAGAGUGCAUCUCAUGCGUACGGAUUCGGUAGUUUUUACUCUGGAGCGCUAAACAUUGUGAACAAUCAAGAUUUCAAGACACUAUCUAACCCAGAAAUCUAUACACCCGACCAACGGAGAAGUUUUCGCCUUGAUGAUGAAAUCAAAGAUUUCAAUUUGGAGCAUUACGGAAUGGAUCACGUGCAAUAUCUCAUCGAUGGAUUUGGAUUGCAUUCGGUAGAAAUUCCUUUCGAGGUAUGCCUAAGCAAAGACCAGCAGAUUCGAAUUCGCAUGAUUAUGGACGAGAAAAAGCGGGAUGUGGACAAAUUUCAAACGCUAUCUAAGAAUGUAACAGUUUGCUUCAACCUGAUCGAUAUCAUCCUUGCAGUUCUGUAUGAUAAGGUUGUCAACAGCAAUGAGCUGAAUGAGGCAAUUUCACACGUCAACAUACACAGGAUUUCGUGCAGUUUGUCUUAUUUCGAACAGUUUUCCUCAUACGAGGACGUACUUGUUGCCUUCUACAGGAGAAGCUGCAUGUAUCCAUACUACCAAAGCAAAGAUUUAUCCAGAAAGUGCGUGGAACUCUUGGUGGGAGCCUUGAGUAAGGCGAACUCAAUAGACUGGGUGCUGGAAAAACUACUCUACUGUUACGAUGCAUUCAAAAGCAAUGAUUGCGUCAUUUUGAAUCAUUAUUACAUCAAGGACUGCAUACGAUUCAUACAACUGUGUAAGCCUGAUGAAAUGCUGCAAGAUGCUGGAUGUUGCUGUUCAAAGAUAUUGCCAACAAUUCAUAACAAAUCGCUGGGCUUCGGAGAAGAAGCUAUGGUCCGUAAAUUGGUGAAGGAUAUCAUUGGAGCAGAUGAAGAUUCAACGGAUUCCGACGAUACCAGCGGUUCCAGUGACGACGAAACAAGCGAAUCGGAAAGCAUUAGCAGUGAUUCACUUCCAGAAGAAAAUGUUCUGGAAAAACUGAUGAAUCUGAAUAUACAAGCAUAAACCGGAAAUAAAAAAAAUGUUAGAAAAA